UUUGAGCGGCAAUUAAACCCAUACCCGUAUUCUGUGUUUUCUAUCGGAAUCCUGUUCUUUUUUCUGUGCAAACGCCUACCGCAUUCUUUCAGAGGCGUCUUUCUCUGCUAUCCGUCGAGAGAGAUCGAGGGAGGAACCGCCGGCGGCGGUUUACAGCGGUAGAGAGAGGUGGAGGUGACAAAUUGACAGAAUCAUAAAGGAUAUCUAUGGCAGCAUCAAAGCUUCAAGCUCUUUGGAACCAUCCAGCUGGCCCUAAAACUAUUCAUUUCUGGGCUCCAACUUUUAAAUGGGGUAUCAGCAUUGCAAAUAUUGCAGAUUUCUCCAAGCCACCUGAGAAGAUCUCGUAUCCUCAGCAAAUUGCCGUUACUUGCACUGGACUUAUCUGGUCACGUUACAGCCUUGUGAUUACACCGAAAAACUGGAACCUUUUUAGUGUAAAUGUUGCAAUGGCUGGUACAGGGCUCUAUCAGCUUUCUCGCAAAAUCCAGCAAGACUAUUUAUCUGAUGUAAAGGAAGAAGCUAUCAAAGAAUGAAGAAAUCUUAUAAAAAAUAAGUAAAUUUCUCAUCCUGUGACCUUUUUUUUUUCCUGGAAUGAAUUUCUACAACUCAAGCGUUGAGAAGGACAAUUAUGCUCUGCUCUUAAACAAGUUCUGUAAAAUAAUUAGCCGCCAAUGUUUCAUGCGACUUAAUGUUCAAUUAUAUUUAUAUUAUUAUGUUGUACUUUUUCAUUUA